UGACAAUAGAUCAACAGAAAAAAGUCAAAGAAAAUAUUGCCUCCAGUGUAGCCUACCUACUAUCAGUGCAGUGCGCAGUGGUCAGUGCAUACCUUCGCAUCUACCGGAAUGAGUAGAGAUUUUCGCGCUUUUCCUACAUCUACCACCAAAACCUUCCGGAUUGCGGUUGUUUUCCUCAUUCUACCGCACCUUGGCAAUGUCGACGGUGGCCAGUGCUCGAACUCGAUACAAGAGGACAACGACAGGAAGCCACGCCUGAUCGCUGUGACUGAGCCGGUGCAGCAUGGCGAGGGUCCGCACUGGGACGCCCACAACCAGCUGCUCUACUUUGUCGACAUCUCUGGCAACACUGUGCAUCGACUCAACCCUUCCACCAACAUGCACUCAGCCAUCACCCUCAACGAUUCAGUAUCCUUCGUGAUACCCAUCCGUGGCAGAGUGAAUCAAUUCAUUAUCGGAUUAGGCAGAAGUUUAGCCGUAUUGCAUUGGGAUGGAUUCAGCCCGACGUUCCAGGUGUUUGUGAAGGAGUCGGUGGACAAUGACCGGCCCAACAACAGAUUCAACGAUGCCAAAGCCGAUCCCUGGGGCAGGCUUUGGACAGGUACAAUGGGCGAGGAGAAGCCCAUAGGGAACGUGCAACUGAACCAGGGCCGGCUGUACAGAUGGUCGAUGGUGAAGUGCCGUCUCGAGCCGCAGCUCAGCCCGGUCAGCAUAUCCAACGGCAUCGCAUGGACCAACGACAUGAAGUUCAUGUACUACGCAGACAGCCCAACCAGGCGCAUUGAUGCCUUCGACUAUGAUGGACGGAGUAUCAGGAAUCGAAGGAUAAUUUUCGACUUUAUUAUAAACAAUGUGCCAGGAAAUCCUGAUGGCAUGACUAUUGACAGGUGGAAUAUGCUGUGGAUUGCUUGCUGGGGCGGUUCACGUGUUAUACAGGUAGAUCCGCAAAGAAGCCAGCUGUUGAAGACGAUUCUGAUGCCGGUAGAACGUGUGACAUCGGUGACGUUUGGCGGUGCCUUACUGGACAUUCUGUAUGUCACCUCAAUGCGCACAGGCCUGAAUGAAACGCAGCUGAAAUCGCAGCCGAUGGCUGGCACGACGUUCGCCGUCACCAAUUUGGGCACACGAGGAACAAUCAACAAUCCGGCACAAUUCUAUUGUGUGCAUAGGAAACGACUGAAACAUUAUAGUGGUUAGCCUAGAUGGUUGUUUUUCGGCGACAAUUGUUUUGAUCAGGUGAAUAUUAUUAUUAUUUGUAUGUUUUGUUAUAAAUAAAAUGUUUGAAAAAUACUU